AUGAAUUCAACAAUCUACCUUAGCUGCCUGGUGGUUAUCAUCGGAAGCCUCGCUUGGACAGCCAGUGCCCAACGCAGCUUUGAGGCUGAUAAAACACGCGUGGUUAAUGCCUUCAAAAAUGGUACUCCUCAAUCCAUUGGGGACAGCAAUGUCCUAUUCCUAGUGAAUUUUCUUGAGAAGUACGGCGAUCAGAUCCAGUUGACACCCGCACAACGAUCCCGAGCUAAUGAUAUAGUUUCCCAAUUCCGUACGGAAAGGUCUAACCAACCUUUGGUGGAUGGUGUUCCUCCUCAAGGCGGUUGGUUAUCAAAACUUGUAAAGGCCAUCGCCAUUCAAUUGGGCAUUGAACUCGCCACUGAAGGAAUUAAGAAGGCAGUAGGAGCUAAGGACUAG